CAUGAAGAGGCCGUUCGUGUUGCUGGGCCUGGUGGCUGUGAUCCUGGUGCUCAUCAUUGGCCUCUGCCUCGGGCUGUUCUUUACCUCCAGGCUGCCCAAACACGUGUACUCUAGGGCAGCUGUGGCCGCGGAUGCCAAGCAGUGCUCGGAGAUCGGGAGGGAUGCGCUGCAGGACGGCGGCUCGGCUGUGGACGCCGCCAUCGCGGCCCUUCUCUGCGUGGGGCUCAUGAACGCCCACAGCAUGGGCAUCGGGGGCGGCGUGUUCCUCACCAUCUACAACAGCACCACACGAAAAGUGGAGAUCAUCAACGCCCGAGAGGUAGCCCCUGCGUCGGCCUCCACCAACAUGUUCAACAGCUCAGAGCAGUCGCAGGAAGGGGGGCUGUCGGUGGCCGUUCCUGGUGAGAUCCGUGGCUAUGAGCUGGCACAUCAGCGACACGGGCGGCUGCCGUGGGCGCGCCUUUUCCAGCCCAGCAUCCAGCUAGCCCGCCAGGGUUUCCCUGUGGGAAAGGGCUUGGCGGCAGCCCUGGAGAGAAGCCAGGCUGCCGUUGAGCGGCAUCCUUCCCUGUGUGAGGUGUUCUGCCGGGAUGGGAAGGUGCUGCGGGAGGGGGACAGAGUGACCAUGCCACGGCUGGCUGACACGUACGAGACUCUGGCCUUCGAGGGUGCCCGGGCUUUCUAUAACGGGAGCCUCACAGCUCAGAUCGUCAAGGAUAUCCAGGCGACUGGGGGCAUUGUGACAGCCAGGGACCUGAACAACUACCGCGCCGAGCUGAUCGAACACCCGCUGAACAUCAGCUUUGGGGACGCCCGGCUCUAUGCGCCCAGUGCCCCGCUCAGUGGGCCUGUGCUGGCCCUCAUCCUCAACAUCCUCAAAGGGUACAACUUCUCCAGAGCAAGCGUGGAGACACCUGAGCAGAAGGGCCUGACUUACCACCGUAUCGUGGAGGCAUUCCGGUUUGCCUACGCCAAGAGGACCCUGCUUGGGGACCCCAAGUUUGUCGAUAUGACUGAGGUGGUUCGAAACAUGAGCUCCGAGUUCUUUGCUGCCCAACUCCGGGCCCGGAUCUCCGACGACACCACUCAUCCGGUUUCCUACUAUGAGCCUGAGUUCUACACACCGGAUGACGGGGGCACCGCCCACUUGUCUGUGGUUGCAGAGGAUGGCAGCGCUGUGUCGGCCACCAGUACCAUCAACCUCUACUUUGGUUCCAAGGUGCUAUCACCGGUCAGCGGGAUCCUGUUCAACGAUGAGAUGGAUGACUUCAGUUCCCCUAACAUCAUCAACGAGUUUGGGGUGCCCCCCUCACCGGCCAACUUUAUCAUUCCAGGGAAGCAGCCAGUCUCAUCCAUGUGCCCGGCUAUCAUUGUGGACAGCGACGGUCAGGUCCGCAUGGUGGUGGGUGCCUCUGGGGGCACACAGAUCACCACAGCCACUGCGUUGGCCAUCAUCCACAGCCUGUGGUUCGGCUACGAUGUGAAGAAGGCAGUAGAAGAGCCUCGGCUACACGACCAGCUUCUGCCCAACAUCACAGUGGUGGAGAGAGACAUUGACCAGGCGGUGACUACGGCCCUGGAGACCCGGCACCACCAAACCCAGGUUACGUCCAGCUUCAUCGCUGUAGUGCAGGCCAUUGUCCGCACGGCCAGUGGCUGGGCGGCCGCCUCGGACUCCAGGAAAGGCGGGGAGCCUGCUGGUUACUGAGUGUUCAGGGCGGAUGAGGCUGAC